AAAAAUUUGAAGGCAAACCGACUGGAACAUUCUCAGAUUUUCUUCUUCUUAUUAUAUUCUACUUUGUAGUUGUUUGUUCAGAAAUUCUCACAACUAUAAGAUGCAAAGUGGGGGCAGUUUGAGAAUCGUCCCCUACAAUCUUCAGCUGAUCGCACGCACGCACACUCAAAAUCCAAAACCAACAUAAAAAAUCCAUGGCCGUGGAAGCCAAAGCAGCUGCCACCGUUCAUGAGCUCGCUCUCGCCGACACCGACAUCAAUUGGCACAGGUUGGAUAAGACGAAGUUUCAUGCAAUUGGGGCGGUGCUUUUCACGGCGCAGUCAGCUUUACUUCACCCAACAACGGUGGUAAAGACUAGAAUGCAAGUAGCUGAGUCUGGACUCUCUCACAUGCGUGGAUUUACGGUGUUCAGGCAUAUACUGAAGAACGAUGGAAUCCCUGGAUUGUUUAGAGGAUUUGGGACUUCUGCAAUUGGAUCAUUGCCUGGUAGGGUCCUGGCUUUGACGUCCCUCGAAGUAUCCAAGGAUAUGAUGUUAAAAUACACUCAAGGGAUAGACAUGCCCGAGGCUACGCGUGUGGGUAUUGCUAAUGGAGUUGCGGGCUUGUUCUCUAAUUGUGUUUCUUGUGUGUACUAUGUACCUUUGGAUGUAAUUUGCCAGAGACUAAUGGUUCAAGGACUUCCUGGAACUACAUUCUGCAAUGGGCCGUUUGAUGUCAUAAAAAAAGUGAUAAAGGCUGAAGGUUUUCGAGGUUUGUAUAGAGGAUUUGGACUAACAGCUGUGACACAGUCCCCGGCAUCUGCACUCUGGUGGGGUGUCUAUGGUGCUGCCCAGCACAUUAUCUGGAGGAGCCUAGGCUAUGGAGAUGAAAUUGAGAAGAAACCGUCUCAUAUGGAGAUGGUGAAAGUUCAAGGUACAGCAGGAAUGGUGGCUGGUGCUUGUUCCUCAGUUAUAACAACUCCCAUUGACACUGUAAAGACUAGACUUCAGGUCAUGGAUGAUUAUGGCGUUGGAAGGCCGUCAGUUUUCAAGACAACAAAGACACUUCUUAAAGAAGAUGGAUGGUGGGGUUUCUAUAGAGGAUUUGGACCUCGCUUCCUAAAUAUGUCACUAUACGGAACCACAAUGAUAGUUACUUACGAGUUGAUAAGUAAGUUGGCUUCCCAAUCUCUUUUAUUGAAUUCUUGCGAUACAAGUCUGAUUCUGGCAGAAGAAAUAAGAUGUAGAAGACUAGAUGGAUUCCACUUUGAAGUUAGAUUCAAAGUUAUGAUUGUGGAAGUUAUACUAUUUUAAUUGCCUUCCGAGCUAAAAUGUUAGAGAUGAAAUGCCUGUCUUAUACCUAUCCUUAUGGUUUAUUCUCCCUUCAUUGGUUCUGCUUUCACUGGCCAUGCUUUUUUGUUGCAAUGGUACAAAUAUCCAUGGCACUGCCAAGCUAACCAAUUUUGAAUUUUGUGCACCCACUUCAUCAGAGAGAUUAUCGAUAAAGCAAAAAUGAGAUUUUGAUCUGGUCAAGGGGCAAGUUGGUUGCAACACUACUCGAUGGUGUUUCUUGAAUUCAGAGAAGAAUGGUUCUGGCUUUCUGCGUGGUUUGCUUCUCAUAUUUUACUUCUCAGCAGCUGUGAAAACUGUACUUCCAACUGUUAUAUAAUGUUAUCUUUGGCUUAAAUUGGAGUAGCUACACUUUGUGGAAUGGUAAUUUUUUUCCCCCCAUUCCGUAUCUUUUUUCUGUAACUUGGAAGUUGGAAGAGAAAAAUGUUUGAAUUUUUCUCUACUCAUUCAAAUCUUGUAAAUAAAAUGCUCUCCUCAGGUUAUUAUUGCUUAUUCUUUUGUUAACACUAAA